AUGAAGUAUAAGAGCACACUGAGCUGCUGCUGGAGAGGCUGCCACUUGCGUCGGUGCCAGGGGGGGAAAAAAAAGGUUACAGACAGACAGGUUACAGAAAGACAGACAGACAGGUUACAGACAGACAGACAGGUUACAGAAAGACAGACAGACAGGUUACAGACAGACAGGUUACAGACAGACAGAAAGACAGACAGACAGGUUACAGAAAGACAGGUUACAGACAGACAGACAGGUUACAGAAAGACAGACAGACAGGUUACAGACAGACAGGUUACAGACAGAGAGAAAGACAGACAGACAGGUUACAGACAGACAGGUUACAGACAGACAGAAAGACAGACAGACAGGUUACAGAAAGACAGGUUACAGACAGACAGACAGGUUACAGAAAGACAGACAGACAGGUUACAGACAGACAGGUUACAGACAGACAGGUUACAGACAGACAGAAAGACAGACAGACAGGUUACAGACAGACAGACAGGUUACAGACAGACAGGUUACAGACAGACAGACAGGUUACAGACAGACAGGUUACAGACAGGUUACAGACAGACAGACAGACAGACAGGUUACAGACAGACAGACAGACAGACAGACAGACAGACAGACAGACGGGUUAGAGACAGACAGACAGGUUACAGAGACAGACAGACAGGUUACAGACAGACAGACAGACAGGUUACAGACAGACAGACAGACAGGUUACAGACAGAUAGACAGACAGACAGACAGACAGGUUACAGACAGACAGGUUACAGACAGACAGACAGACAGACAGACAGGUUACAGACAGACAGACAGGUUACAGACAGACAGGUUACAGACAGACAGACAGGUUACAGACAGACAGGUUACAGACAGACAGACAGGUUACAGACAGACAGGUUACAGACAGACAGACAGGUUACAGACAGACCUACCCCAGCUGGAGGCCGUCCUCCCCAGCAGUUCGUGGGUCCGCGGGUUCCAGAAGAAUUCCCGCCACUCUCCGGAGCCUUUACGGUCCUCCUUGGAUCCGGACAUGACGUCAGUCUGCGGCUCUGGACGGCUGGUUCUGGACGAUCGAUCCGGACCGAAGAGGAGACAAACGGAGAGACGGAGACAGACGCAGACGAUGCAGCACCUCCUCCCCCAACACCUGCUGACGUCACCGCUGCUGCCGGGGCAGCCAAUCACAGAGCAGCUCCGCCCCCUGCAGCCUCUCUCUCUGCUCUCUGA